AUGAUAAAAUUUGAACGAAUAUUAACUAGUUAUGAUGGUAGACAACCUUAUAUAUCACCAGAAAUCUUGACUAAAACACGAUAUCAAGGUGAACCUGUUCAUAUUUGGUCUUAUGCAUUUAAAGAAAAUCCUGAAUAUGAAAGUUGGUCAGGUGGUAAAUAUGAUCGUCAUUUAUGGAUAAACAUUCAUAAUAUGAUUAUAAAUAACUAA